AUGACACCGCCGACUGGGGCAAAGCAGGCGGGAGGCGCGCCUCUGCCUGACUGCCCCGCUACCCCCCUGCUCACCCUAUCACGUGUGGUCUGGUGGCGCACUCAGCAGGCGGGAGGCGCGCCUCUGCCUGACUGCCGCGCUCCCCCCCUUCUCUUCCUAUCACCCCAAUCCCGCUUCCCCCCAUCUUCCCCCGCAUGCGCCUCCCAGGUGUGGUCUGGUGGCGCACUCAGCAGGCGGGAGGCGCGCCUCCCCCUGUUUGCGGCGCUCCCCCCCUUCUCUUCCUAUCACCCCAACCCCUGCCUGACUGCCCCGCUAGAUCCCCCUUCUCUUCCUGUCACCACAACCCCUCUCCCCCCGCCUAUCCCCUGCAUGCGGCCCCCAGGUGUGGUCUGGUGGCGCACUCAGCAGGCGGGAGGCGCGCCUUUACCUGUCUGCCGCACUCCCCCCCUUCUCUUCCUAUCACCCCAAUCCCGCUUCCCCCCAUCUUCCCCUGCAUGCACCACCCAGGGCAGGUCUGGUGCCGCACUCACUCAGGUGGGAGGCGCGCCUCUGCCUGACUGCCCCGCUAGAUCCCCCUUCUCUUCCUGUCACCUAAACCCCUCUCCCCCCGCCUAUCCCCCGCAUGCGGCCCCCAGGUGUGGUCUGGUGGCGCACUCAGCAGGCGGGAGGCGCGCCUUUGCCUGUCUGCCGCACUCCCCCCCUUCUCUUCCUAUCAUCCCAAUCCCGCUUCCCCCCAUCCUCCACCGCAUGCACCACCCAGGGCAGGUCUGGUGCCGCACUCAGCAGGUGGGAGGCGCGCCUCUGCCUGACUGCCCCGCUAGAUCCCCCUUCUCUUCCUGUCACCCCAACCCCUCUCCCCCCGCCUAUCCCCCGCAUGCGGCCCCCGGGUGUGGUCUGGUGGCGCACUCAGCAGUCGGGAGGCGCGCCUUUGCCUGUCUGCCGCACUCCCCCCCUUCUCUUCCUAUCACCCCAAUCCCGCUUUCCCCCAUCUUCCCUCGCAUGCGCCACCCAGGGCAGGUCUGGUGCCGCACUCAGCAGGUGGGAGGCGCGCCUCUGCCUGACUGCCCCGCUAGAUCCCCCUUCUCUUCCUGUCACCCCAACCCCGCUUCCCCCGCCUAUCCCCCGCAUGCGGCCCCCGGGUGUGGUCUGGUGGCGCACUCAGCAGUCGGGAGGCGCGCCUUUGCCUGUUUGCCGCACUCCCCCCCUUCUCUUCCUAUCACCCCAAUCCCGCUUCCCCCCAUCUUCCCCCGCAUGCGCCACCCAGGGUGUGGUCUGGUGGCGCACUCAGCAGGCGGGAGGUCUGGUGCCGCACUCAGCAGGUGGGAGGCGCGCCUCUGCCUGACUGCCCCGCUAGAUCCCCCUUCUCAUCCUAUCACCCCAACCCCGCUUCCCCCGCCUAUCCCCCGCAUGCGGCCCCCAGGUGUGGUCUGGUGGCGCACUCAGCAGGUGGGAGGUGCACCUCUGCCUGACUGCCGCACUCCCCCCCUUCUCUACCUAUCACCCCAAUCCCGCAGGUCCCGCUCCCCGUGCACCCUCCCCCCUCUCUCCUCAGCUCACCCUCCCUUUCGAGGUAAGAAUGAAGCGACGGUGAAGGACCAGAUCAAAUUGCACAUGGAUGCUCAACGGACAAGUUUCCAGUUGAGCCAAGAGGGGAGGAUGGCAUCGGUGGAGCACCUGUUCGAACGGGCGCCUAUCUCUUCAAACGGUUACGAGUACGAGUUCGACAAGUGGAAGCGCAAUGCAGAUGGGAUUGUGGUGCCGGAGGACGGGCAUGGCCAUGGAGGAGACCGCCGUGGGCCCGCAUUUCGAGCAUUGCGUGAUGCUGGUAUGCAACACCAUGGCACAACAGGAGGCGUGCUAGAGGAGAAGCUGCAGUUACCGAGGGGGCAGAUACGCAGAUAG